UGUAUCGUAAAUGAUUAUUAUUUUGGAGUAGCUUGUGAUUUACAGUCCUGCGUUAUUGUUUACAAACAUAAAACAAUGCAUUUUGUUGUGGUUCUAUUAGUUUUGCAAUGUAUGUGGAUAUCCACACUGGCAUGUCCUGAAGGAUGGAAGUACCAUACGUUGUCUGAAAAGGUUCCAGGAAAUUGUUACAAGGCCUUUAACCUCAAGGUUUCCUGGGAGGAAGCUGAUAAGCAGUGCAAGAGCUAUCCUAAUAGCAAUUUGGCUGACCUCAAAGACGCCCAGGAGCAGGCGUAUGUAAAAGCGUAUGUAAGAGACAAUCUACUUCCGGUCCUAACCGGUAUAGGCGAUGGAGUUUGGCUCGGUGCCAGAGAGGAGUGGUUGGAACACUGGGAGUGGGUUGGGGGACGAACCAUGGAUAUAAAUAAUUUUAGCUGGUUGGCAGGAAACCCAGACAAUGGAGGAGGAUGGACUGAUACUGAGGAUUGUUUGGAAAUGAAAAUGACAGGGGUGCUUAAUGACUACAAAUGCUACGAGAAAAGACCGUUUAUUUGCAAGAUGUCGAAUAUUGAGAUCCCCUCCACUACCAUAGUCUCGAAAACAACAACUACAGAACGUUCUACUAAGAAGAACGCGCAUAUUGAUGCUAAGGCCGCAGUUGGAAUAGUUGCCGGCGUCAUUUGUGCACUUCUGAUUGUUAUCGUAGUUGCUGUCAUCAUUCGGAAGAGAAUGUUUCAACCGAACCUGUAUGACACCCCAAACGCUGUGUCACCAAGCAACGAGCACCUCUACGAUUCUCUCAGCACAAACAAGUUAGCUCGAAUCGAAGAGCUCAACAAGAAAUAUUCUUCAUCGAAACAAACCAGCGAGCCUGAUCACACAUAUGACUCAAUUGCUUUUUCGAUCCUUUAAAAUUGCACUCUCACAGAUAGACGUUUUGACAUAAUUUUUAUUUUUGUCCUGAAAUGAGCCAUUGUUCGCGUGAAUGUCUGGAAAUUAGUGACACAAAACGGAUGACUUAUUAUAAAAACGCAGUUUCCAUAUUCAUGGUUAAAACUUCAUGUUUUGCUAAAAACGUUGCUAACACUUUAGGGAAAUUGCGUUUUUCGGCCGUUUAUCGAACAAUUGAUAUCUGUUCCAUUGGUUUAUACUUAUUUAGUUUAGCUCGAUCGUGACGAAAGCUGACUCUCGAGUCUCUUUCCUGGGCAGAAACCAGUGCUGUGUCCUACUCGAGAGGUCAUGAGAAAGUACCCCUGGGGGAUUGAACCCACAACCACUUGGCUGAGAGGCUAAAAAACAUUGAUAUAUCUGUAUUUAUUCAUCUAUUAAUGCAAUUAAUUGCUCACUAAUACACUUAUCAUCGUAUAUAUCAUUUACACUUACUCGUUUUUUUCUUCAAAAGUGUCUUCUUACUGACGUGAGAAACCGUUUUGCUAGGACGAACACCAAACAAAACACGAACAACUCGUACUGUGUCAUUACUCAAAUCGCCAUAUAAGUUUUGUAAAAGAAUGUGUAUAGGUAUCUAUAUCAAUAUGUGUUGAAUGUGUGAUGUGUUAAAACUUUAAUUUAUCCAAAAGGAUGAAUGAUUAUCGCAAACAGUGGUUCUUAUGAAAGAUAUUGUAUUAAAUUUAAACGAAAGGUGCGGAAAACACAGUAUUUAAACCUUAUGAGACGAUAAUUGAUCACAGUAAAUAUUUUAGCACUCACCAGUAAUUUAAUAUUUGUGAGUUUUUAGCUAUUAAAUACUUUGUUACAAUAUUGUUAUCAGUAAUUAAUAUUUCCCAUAAAUGCAUUAUUUAUGAAGUUGCUAAAUGUUUAUCACUCAAAAAAAAUAAUUUUUAGACAUGUGUUUAUAUUGUAUUUUUUAAAUAAAAGUGUCACUUUAAGUAAAAAAGGGGAGAAUAGCCUUGUCUGAUGUACUAGUUUGGAUAUAUGGUCAUCCAUUAGUCAAUAUCUGACCAAAUUCGCAUAGUGCGUUCUCUUACUUGAACAUUUGUUAUUCAAUUCUUACUACAUUGGGUUAGGAUAUUUAAGUGAAUAUUAUCUAGAACAAAUUCGACUUGCUGCAAAAUAAAAUUUUUACUCUAAAGGUAACUAUAUACAUGGUUAUUUUCUAUGAAAAUAUUUUGGAAUCUGUUCAACGAUGUGUUUCAACAUAAUGGGGAUGGUAUGUUUAAACAACAUUAUGCGGAUGAUAUGUUAAACAACAUACUUGGGAUGAUAUGUUAAACAUUAUAUUUGCGAUGAUAUUUUUAUCAACAUAUUUGGGAAACUAUCACAUAAUGUUGGAACUUGUCGCAUAAUGCUCGAAUACCCUCACAUAAUGUUGGACUUUGUCGCAUAAUGAUCGAACACCUCUCACGUAACGUUGGAACUCGUCGCAUAAUGCUCGAACAACUCUCACAUGAGGUUGGAACAUGUCGCAUAAUGCUCGAACACCUCUCACAGAACGUUAGAACUUGUCGCAUAAUGCUCGAACACCUCUCACAUUACGUUAAAACUUAUCGCAUAAUGCUCGAACACCUAUCACAUAACGUUAGAACUUGUCGCAUAACGCUCGAUCACCUCUCACAUAAUGUUGGAACUUGUCACAUAAUGCUCGAAAACCUCUCACGUAAUGUUGCAACCUGUCGUAUAAUGCUCGAACAUCUCUCAAAUAAUGUUUGAACUUUUCGCGUUGGAACUUGUCGCAUAAUGCUCGAACACCUCUCAUAUAACGUUGGAACUAGUCGCAUAAUGCUCGAACACCUCUCAUAUAACGUUGGAACUAGUCGCAUAAUGCUCGAACACCUCUCAUAUAACGUUGGAACUAGUCGCAUAAUGCUCGAACACCUCUCAUAUAACGUUGGAACUUGUCGCAUAAUGCUCGAACACCUCUCACAUAACCUUGAAACUUGUCGGAUAAUGCUCGAUCACCUCUCACAUAAUGUUGGAACUUGUCGCAUAAUGCUCGAACACCUCUCACAUAAUGAUGGAACUUGUCGCACAAUGCUCGAACACCUCUCAUCGUAUAUAUCAUUUACACUUACUCGUUUUUUUCUUCAAAAGUGUCUUCUUACUGACGUGAGAAACCGUUUUGCUAGGACGAACACCAAACAAAACACGAACAACUCGUACUGUGUCAAUUACUCAAAUCGCCAUAUAAGUUUUGUAAAAGAAUGUGUAUAUGUAUCUAUAUCAAUAUGUGUUGAAUGUGUGAUGUGUUAAAACUUUAAUUUAUCCAAAAGGAUGAAUGAUUAUCGAAAACAGUGGUUCUUAUGAAAGAUAUUGUAUUAAAUUUAAACGAAAGGUGCGGAAAACACAGUAUUUAAACCUUAUGAGACGAUAAUUGAUCACAGUAAAUAUUUUAGCACUCACCAGUAAUUUAAUAUUUGUGAGUUUUUAGCUAUUAAAUACUUUGUUAAAUAAAAGUGUCACUUUAAGUAAAAAAGGGGAGAAUAGCCUUGUCUGAUGUACUAGUUUGGAUAUAUGGUCAUCCAUUAGUCAAUAUCUGACCAAAUUCGCAUAGUGCGUUCUCUUACUUGAACAUUUGUUAUUCAAUUCUUACUACAUUGGGUUAGAAUAUUUAAGUGAAUAUUAUCUAGAAC